UCAGACUAUCACUGAUCUCUACAGGUGGCGUGUACAGGCAGUAUCCGAUUCAACAUCAGGUCAUUGGCGUGGGGUCUCAGGCUUAGCCCCACCUACUUAAAAGACCUUCACUGAGCUUUCUUAAUACCUCGUAUAAAUGUCUGCUGAUUUGGAGGUGGCAAUGAAAGGCAAGAAGUCAGAAGAAUGGGGGCCAAAUAAAUUAAGGUCAUAUGACUCUGAGAGGAAGGCUGACAAAAAGGUAUCGAGCAAUGGAGGUGACGAAGACCAGGACAAGCAGAGGCUCACAGCCGCAACGCCGAGCACCUCCAGAACCAGAGCCGCAACUAUUAUAUUCACUCUGAAAAAUGAAGUGGGGGGUCUUAUCAAGGCUCUGAAACUUUUCCAGGAGAAGCAUGUCCAUCUGGUUCAUAUAGAGUCUCGAAAGUCCAGGCGGAGAGAUUCAGACUUUGAGAUCUUUAUAAACUGUGAUUCAGAGCAUGAGCAGCUGAAGGAGCUGACUGAGCUGCUGAGGACACACACUGAUAUUGUCGAAAUUACUCCCUUUGACAACUCCUCUCUACUUGAUGACGGUCUGGAUGAUGUUCCCUGGUUCCCUAAAAAGAUUUCUGAUUUGGAUCUGUGCGCCGACAGGGUUUUGAUGUACGGCUCUGAAUUAGAUGCAGAUCACCCGGGGUUUAAGGACCAGAUCUACCGCAAGAGAAGGAAGUAUUUUGCUGACUUGGCCCUGAAGUUCAAACAUGGCAAUCCGAUUCCUCGAAUAGAUUACACUGCAGAGGAGGUGCGCACCUGGGCCGUGGUGUUUAGGGAGCUUAAUAAGCUGUAUCCAAGCCACGCCUGUAAGGAGUACCUGAAGAACCUUCCUCUCCUCACCAAAUACUGUAAAUACAGUGAAAACAACAUCCCUCAGUUGGAGGAUGUGUCACGCUUCCUCAUGGAGCGCUCAGGUUUCAGCAUUCGGCCGGUAGCCGGGUACCUCUCCCCAAGAGACUUUCUGGCUGGGCUGGCUUUCAGGGUGUUCCACUGCACUCAGUACGUCCGUCACAGCUCAGAGCCUCUGUACACACCUGAGCCGGACACGUGCCAUGAGCUGCUGGGCCAUGUCCCUCUGCUGGCCGAACCCAGCUUCGCCCAGUUCUCUCAUGAGCUCGGUUUGGCGUCGCUUGGAGCCUCAGAUGAAGACGUGCAGAAACUUGCCACGUGUUAUUUCUUCACAGUGGAGUUCGGCCUGUGUAAGCAAGACGGAGGGCUGAGAGCCUAUGGAGCGGGACUCCUUUCCUCCGCUAGUGAACUCAAGCAUGCUCUGUCUGGCAAGGCCAGCAUCCUCCCGUUUGAUCCCGAGGUGACCUGCAGCCAGGAGUGCAUGAUAACCACAUUCCAAGAUGCAUACUUUGUUGCUGAAAGUUUUGAGGAAGCCAAGAACAAAAUGAGGGAGUUUGCCAAGACGCUUAAGCGUCCAUUCACAGUGAACUACAACCCCUAUACCCAGAGCGUGGACGUCCUGAGGGACACCUCCAACAUCAACAACAUGGUGAAAGACAUCCGGCAUGAGCUGGACAUUGUUGAAGACGCCCUACGUCGUCUCGGCAAACUCCAGAGAGACUAAAGAGUCCAAAUAGCCUGAUGGAAGUCUGCAGAACUGUUUUACUGAGAUUAUUGAUUGUGCUCUAUGUUUUUGUUUUUUUGCUUGUAGACACAAUGCUGCAUAUGUUCAAAUAGUCCUUUGGUGUUUGUUAAAUUGUAAUUGGGGAUGUAACAGGUGAAUAUGUCUGCAGUUUGGUGAUGUAUUGCUACUAUUAGAGGAUCCAACUUGGGACGAACACAGUUUGUUCGGUUUGGUGUCAUUUUCAGAUUAAAGCUCUGACUUGAACUUCC